GAAAAAGAAAAAUAGUUUUGUAACAAAUACAUUUUCGUAGAUUAUGCAUAUUUGUUUUGAUCUUUAAUGAAAUAUGUAAUGUCUGACCUACUUUCCGGCGCAUCGAUAUUGUACAUACAGUAUGGCGGCCGAAGUGAAUGCAAGAUCCAACAAGAAUUCAACAAUAGCAUUUACAUUGCCAAUUUCAUGUCAAGUUUGCCUGGGAAAGGUUAAAAAUCCGGUGUUAUGUCCAAAUCAACAUGUGUUCUGUGGUCCUUGUAUGGAGGUUUGGCUUCAGAAGAACAAACAGUGCCCAGCAUGUAGAACUGCCAUGACGGCCGGAAAAAAGAUCAUUGGUGGUUUAAGCCAUCAAGAAGAAGACACAGACAAAAUGACAAACCCUGACCUACGAAAAGCCAGAUUUGAUCUGCUCUAUAAAGAAUAUGAGAAUGAAUUUGAGCGCAUGCAUUCUGAGAUACAGCUACUGAAGACAGAGAACCAGAUUCUGAAGCAGCAAGCAAGAAAAGAUGGUCUACAGCCUGGCAGAUCUGAAAGUGGAAGUUCCAAAGCUACUGAUAGUAGUCAUUUACUGGCUCUCACCAAGAAACUCCAGGAUGCCACCAAAAUGUAUGAGAAAGUUAAAGGGGAGCAGACUAGGCUUAAACAGGAGAAUACAAACUUGAAAGAUGAGAAUCUGAGCUUGAACAGAGAGAACCAGCAUUUACGACAAGAGUUGGCAGGCAGGUCCCCACACAGAUAUGGGAGGAUCACAGUGUCCACACUUGAAACAAAACUUGCCAGUGCAGAAAAAGAUGUCACUAGACUCACAAAAGCACUUGAAAGAUCUGAUAAGUACAUUGAAGAACUUGAAGCAGAACUUGACGAUUAUCGUGGAAAAUCUGGGUCUUCGAAGAGACCUAGUUCUGCUUCUGAUAGGGAUGACAAGCAUUUGACUAAUGGUGACAUUGCAAACAGGAAGUACUCUUCAGAUUCAAAAGUACCUCCGUCCAGAGAGUAUGGAAUAGGGGCAGAUAAUCCCUCAAGAAGACAAUUGUUUUCAGAUGACACAGGUGCUAAAUCAAGUGCAGGUGAGAGGUCUAAAUAUUACUAUGAGCGAAAUGGUGAUUAUAAUGAUGAUUACAAAAGUGAUGGAAGGUCACAGGGUGCUAAAAUGAAUGGAGAUAAUGGUGGCAAGAAAAGAGUGACCUUUGACCUUAACAAAAACACAAAUAGCACAAUGUCAUUUGACCUUGAACUUCCAAGUCCACUGAAAAUGUCAGCAAAUGCAAGUGGACUAGCAAAUGGACGAGCAUCACCAGUGAAAGGCGUGCUAAAGAAAACAAAUGGUGCCAGUAAUAAACAGAGUUCUAGUGACAAAUCAGGUUUCUCUACGGACUUGUCAAAAGAUUCACUGUCAGACAGUUAUAAUCUAAAGUCAAGUGAUAGGUAUUCAAAGGAUGAUGACUUACUUUUUCUAAAAAGUAGGUCAAGGUCAUCAAGUGACAGAGACUAUGAGGAUGACAUUUAUUCAAAACCCAGGAAAAAAUAUAGUGCUGAUGACAGUGUACUGGAUGAACCAAGUGACUUAGACUCCAAGAGGACUCGUGAUCGGGAUUAUUCAUCUAGAUCAAGGGCAAGUGAUUAUGAAAGCAGAAAAAGGUCAGAUCUCUUGGAUGACCUUGACAGUGGACCUAGAAGGUCACGGGACGCAAGAGAUAGAGUAGAUGACCUCGAUAAAAGUGAUUUAGAUGACACACAUUAUAUAGAAAGUGAACUGGAUGAAUUAAACAUAUCAUUGACACCAGAAUUUACAGAUUGCAUGAAAAUAUUAAAUCGUGCAGAAAAGAAUGUUCAUACAAGAGUUACAGAUCCUGUGACAGAUGAUCUGGCAAAGUACCAAUCAAUAGAUUCAGAAAUAGAUACUGCAUUUAGAGCCUCAACAGGCAGUAUAGGCGAGAGGAGUGGGGCAGGGCAAGAUUUUAUGUCAAAUGUUAAGACUGAUACCAGCAAGUUUACAUCAUCCCUUGAUAGUUAUUCUAGAGGGAGGCAUGUAAGAUCAGGAUCGUUAGACAAUAUUUUUGUUGCAGCAGCAGAUCCGCAUGAAAGACCAAGCAGCGCCCUUCCUACAACUUCAAAUAUGUAUUCAAGCAACAGUCAAAAUAGGUAUAUGGGUGGACUGACUACGGGUAGAACAACGCUGACUCGAACACCUUCAUUAGACAAUCUGCUGUUAGCCAGACAAUCCACUGGCUACCAGAAUAAAUACAGUUCUGUAGAAGACUCUUUAGGUCUGAAGUCAAGAUCCAGUUUCCCGGGGUAUAUGGGGCGGCGAUCGUAUGGUGAGGAAGAAAACAAACUAGAUGUGAAAUCUGGCAGCUUGCCGAGCAAUGCACCGGUAACAGCCAAGCACGACAUUUUGGGUUCACAGGGUACAGGUAGCACUGCAGGUGAUCGGUACAGCAGGGUUGGUACUGAUUCAAAUGCACAAGGUUACUCCUCCGACAGAAUGUCUUCCAUCUCUGCAAGCACAAAGGAAAUGGAUAUUGGUAGAAAACUUCCACCGUCUGGUCGGCAAACACCAACAAUGCCCCUCUCUAGCACUGGUAGUGAUUUAGACAAGCAGUACUCCUCUGGUAGGGUCACACCCACCAUUCCUACACACUCUGAAUACAUGGCCUUCUCUAAAUCUAACACUGAUAAGUAUACUUACACUGCUAGCACUGGUUCUGGUCGUAGCACUCCCACCCUCACUACUAACACUGAUUACACAUCACUAACUAAAUCAAGUGGACCCUAUUCAGGUCCUUCGUCCUUGCCAACUGAUCUGUCUCAGAAACCUCCCACAGGGACCAGGGUGCCGGACUUUACACCAGCACGAAGCACAACCCAAGGUUCGUACUCAAGUCAGCUACCUCCUUACCUUGGUUCAGCCUCGACUUACACUAAUCCCGGUGAAGGUUAUCAUAGCUUACCUAACAACACUAACUCCACUAACCUUAAUACAGGUGCCAGUAGCAGUUAUGGUGAUAGGUUCGAGACCAGAACUUCAGUACCAUAUAUGGGCCAGUCAGACUCGAACAACUACGCUAAGAGUUCAUUAGGUGCUAGAAAUAGUGACUUUACUAGUGAUAAAUUAGAAUAUGGUGCUAGCUCUAACUAUAGAUCUGAUGAUAUGUAUUCCGCUAGUAGUAAGAGUGUUCCUUCAUAUAAUGAUAAUAACUAUAAAGAUGGCACAGAUUUUUCUAACUUUUCUACAAAAGUUGCUGUGAAUAAUAUUCCAUUUUCUGCUUCAUCAUUGUCGUCUCAAGCUAAUUUAUUGUCUGCUUCUUCUGCAGGAUCAUCAUCAUCAUCACUUGGUCUGUCAUCAUAUCCCGGACCAUCAUCCGCAUCAUCGUACCUACCUACGACCUUGACCUCUCUGACCUCUAGUUCUUCAUACUCCACCGCCCAUAGUGUUCCAUUAACCUUCACAACCUCAACGUACACAAGCAGUUUGCCUGCUAAUACAUACUCGUCUAAAGGGCUAGAUCCGAUAGCAGAAUCUGGACAUUACAGCUAUGUGUCAAAUGUAUCAGGAGAUUACUCGUCAAAGAAUGACACUUUCGCUCUUCCAGAACCAAAGAAGCGACUUUUCGAAAAUUCCGAUGAUCUUGAUAUGUCUGUUAGUCCGAUCAAAUCCAACAGAAGAUUCUGAAUGUUGUUUAUACUUGCAGAACGUACUUGCCUCAGGACGAUUAAGUUUAUAUGUAUACCCUGAAAUCCCGAAAAUACGCCGGUUUCAAUAAUAAGCCGGUCUCGAAAAUAAGCCACCAUUUCACUACAGGCAAAAAGGGCUCAUAAAUAAGCCGUACUCAAAAAUAAGCCGUUCCCCUUUUUGUAUCAAAGUUCCUUUCCACGGGAUUUGAACCACCAAGCUUUUGUUUUCAGUCCUUGUCUAAUUUCAAGAAAUUCGUGAUGAAACUGAGAUCCCAUGUCAGGAAAUAAAGCUCUCUGUCCCGAAACGGUACUUUUAGAACCUUUUGGCGAAAUUUUAAUGUCCGCCUGAGCUUUCAGCCAACGUUUAACAUUGGUUUCUUCUAUGUUAAAAUGUCGGGCUGUGUCUAUUACUUUAUCUUUAAUAUUUCCAGCUGACAACGUUUUGUAAUGAGACGCAACUUUCAGUUUAAAUUCCCUCGUAUAGCUUCUACCAUUUUGUUUUGGCGUUUUCAUUAUUUACAACUUGUAAAACACCAUUGUACAUGUAAUUAUACCACUAUAUAAGAAAGCCUAUAAAACUGUUAAAUUGAUAUCACAAUGCGGUGUUUGUCACGUAUUAUGCAAGUUAUUCAUACCCGUUCACGGUUUGGCGAUCGAAACAUAGGUGUGUUUUGUUUGUUAGGCCAGACAAAACUUUUUCUAUGGGUAAUUAUGUCAGAAGUAUAAGUAUUUACCGACAUCGAUGUUUUUACUAUCAUUAUGGUAUAAAAAAGUGGCACUCGAAAAUACGCCGGUUUUUAAAUCGUUACAGGAUAUAUGUACUCGAAAGUUCGCCGGACUCAAGAAUAAGCCGGUCUCGAAAAUAAGCCACCAAUUCCUUACGAAAAUAUGAAAUAAGCCGCGGCUUAUUUUCGGGAUUUCAGGGUAUUUUAACACACACCACUGAAACUGUAUGGUAAAAGUGAAGGAAUGUAAAAAUUGUUAUCCAUGAUCAUUUUCAGAAUUUUUGUUAAGUAAACUUCAUGUACAUUAAUCAUGUGACAAUUCUUCAUGUAGCUUACUUCAUCUCUUUGUAAUCCAUCUCUGGCAGGGAAUAUGAAAAAUUACAAAAUCAGACUAAGUCGUCCAGUUUAAGUGUAAUAUUACAGUAAGGUAUGGUUUCUUAACUGGCAUAAAACAACGAAUAAAACAAAAUGUGCUUUAUACAGUAGAAUUGCAUGUAAUUUUCAAAUCUCGAAAAUUCAAAGCAAAUUUUUUAAAACUAUAGUGAUAAAUUGCAUGACUUCUUUCUUGCAAUAGAAAAGUUAUGGAUAUAACUCAAAAUAGACUGACAGUUUCUUGCAAAUUGCAGUUGUGUAAAAUUAUUCACAAAUUAUUACUGAUGAUGUUUAUUUUUAGACCAGUAUUCACUUUUCCAGCAAGUUUUGGAUGGGAAUUUGUAAAAAAAACAACAGGAUUUUGUUUACAACCUUUAUAAACGGUCUUUUUUUGCAAGGAUUUUAUGAAGCAAGUUGUAGUAGUUCAACAGAUAAUUAUAUGCAAUAGUUCAAAUUGUGUUGUAGAUUUAGCUACUUGGAUAUUUCAUAGGAGUUAUGUGUAUUUAUCAAAGUGCUUGAAUGUACAUAAUGUGUUAAUUUAUUUUAUUUAUGAAAAAUCCAUUGACAAUGUGCCUUUGUUCUAGUAAUUUAUCAAGGAACUGUAUAUACAUGUUUUAAACAAGAGUUUAGCUAACAUUAGUGACUUGAAUAUAUUUAAUGUUGUUUCUCUUUUUUUGGUCAGAUUUAUCUGCAAAUUAUAGUGAUCCAUUUUUAUUGUGCCCUACAGAAGGCAUGAUGUAGGUUUGGCAUUUUUUUAUUGUCAUGUCCAUCAGAUCUGUACAAAAAAGUUAUGACUAGAUAGUCAAAUGAAAAAGAUGGGUUUUUUUCAUGAUUUUAUUCUGAAGUUUGUGAUCUCAUUAUUUAUGUUAGUACUUCUAUACAGUAGUAUAUUUAUUUCGUUUCUAAUUCUAAAUUAUCAGUAUGUUAGGAAAGUGAAACCUUUGUUUCUAAAUAUAUUUAAUUUUCUGUGUGUCAUACAGUCAGCAUUGACAUUAAAAUUCUUUUUUAUUUUGCAAAUGGAAAAUCUUUCCUGCUUAUAGAUAUCAGCUUGCGUGUACAUUUAUUAAUUGAUUACAAAUAAUGCCUUCAACUAAAUAUCUCUGAAUUGUGGCCAGUUAUCAGAACAAUAUUUUAUUUAACCAUGUAAUAGACGAUAUGUUGAUUUACAACUUUGAAAAGUUUCAUCAAAAUCUACAUUGUAAACAAAUUCCUUUUCAUGAAAAUGUAAACGGAAUUGUGAUUUUCCCAUAGACUCCCAUUAUAAAAUUUGCUUGAGGUCAUAAUUUUUCAAAUCAGUCUACAGGGCUCCAGAUACAAUGUAUUUAUUUUUGGCCCAUGAGUAUUUACUCUUCAUAAUUUUUGCAAAUGCGUAAAAUAGAAAAAUCUGAAAUUGACUAGGAGUAAAAUUAAUCCUGAAAAUUUGUAAAUGUACAAACCAGAAAUCAGUUUUCCCUUAAUUCAUCUUGGUCACCUAACUAUAUCAGAUUAAAACACAACACAACAUACCUUUCAAAUUCAAUUUGUAAUUUGUAAAUGUAGCACUUGGGUGACUGUAUGAAUACACAUGGCUGAUAAGUACUGUUAAAUAUUAGUAAUAUAUCAAUAUUUAUCAUCAUAAAAUGAAUAAUCAUAAUUCAUAUCAUCAUCAUAAUACAUUAAUUUUGUAUUCAACCAGCUAUAUCAUAUAUGAAUGCUACUGUAUAUUAUUUACUCUGCAUUUAAAAUGUAAAGUCUGUCUAUGUUAACCUGUCGGUUACCCAAAGCUGAUUGACUUUCACAAUACAAUCACCGCAAAUAUCGUGCAAACCGUUCCACGCUUAAGUUCACAAAGUCACCUACCGAUGACUACAUUACAGUUUUAAAGGGAAAAUUAUUUCCUUCUAAUUUGUUCCUUAAAUGAAGAAAAUUAUAUAUAUAUAACAUAUUUAUUGAGUGUAACACCCAUAAAUUUGUUUGCAGUUCAGUUUCAGUUCAGCAUUCAAGUUUCCCUCGGCUUGCUUUGGCUUCACAUUCGCUACCGAAGCCAAUAGAAUAUUCAAUAUAUCUUUAACUAAUAUUGGGGAUCAUAUUUUUGUUGGUUUAAAGAAUGUGUAGAGUGUUUGUUCAC